UCUACUUUCUUUCACUUUGUUUCAGCUCCUAGGUUUUGUUCUCUGUUUCUGUGUCUUCUCGAACUUUCGUUCCUUCAUCGCAGUCUGCUCUGUGUUCCUGAAUUCUCGCGCCACAGAUGGAUGAGGAUUUCGAUAUGCCCCCGCCGGAGGAGAUGAGCGAGGACUUCGAUCUUCCUGAUGACAGCAUCACUCUUAAGGUUGGGGAGGAGAAGGAGAUCGGCAAGCAGGGCUUGAAGAAGAAGCUGGUCAAGGAAGGUGAAGGCUGGGACACACCUGAGGUGGGCGAUGAAGUUGAAGUUCAUUACACGGGAACGCUGCUUGAUGGGACCAAGUUUGAUUCAAGCCGCGACAGGGGAACCCCCUUUAAGUUUACGCUCGGACAAGGACAAGUAAUUAAAGGGUGGGAUCAGGGUAUUAAAACCAUGAAGAAAGGUGAAAAUGCUGUUUUCACCAUCCCUGCUGAGCUAGCAUAUGGUGAAUCUGGUUCUCCUCCAACCAUUCCUCCUAAUGCUACACUUCAGUUUGAUGUUGAGCUUCUGUCUUGGACCAGCGUGAAGGACAUAUGUAAGGAUGGUGGCAUAUUUAAGAAAAUCCUUACUGAAGGAGAGAAAUGGGAGAACCCAAAAGAUCCUGAUGAAGUUUUAGUCAAAUAUGAAGCUCGGCUUGAAGAUGGAACGCUUGUAUCAAAAUCUGAUGGAGUAGAGUUUACAGUGAAAGAGGGUUUUUUUUGUCCUGCCUUUGCAAAGGCUUUGAAAACCAUGAAGAAGGGAGAGAAAGUGCUCUUAACUGUGAAGCCACAAUAUGGUUUUGGUGAGAAGGGUAAAGCAGCACAUGGGGAUGAAGGUGCUGUUCCACCCAAUGCAUCCUUACAGAUAACUCUUGAAUUGGUAUCUUGGAAGACUGUUUCAGAAGUUACUGAUGAUAAGAAGGUCAUUAAGAAAAUCCUCAGUGAAGGGGAAGGAUACGAGCGUCCAAAUGAAGGAGCUGUUGUGAAAGUGAAAUUGAUUGGCAAACUGCAAGAUGGCACUGUCUUCUUGAAGAAGGGCCAUGAUGAAGAGCUGUUUGAGUUCCAAACAGAUGAAGAGCAAGUGAUUGAUGGACUUGAUAGAGCAGUGUUGACUAUGAAGAAGGGUGAAGUAGCAUUGUUGACUAUUGCACCUGAGUAUGCCUUUGGUUCAUCUGAGUCCAAGCAAGAAUUGGCCGUUGUUCCUCCCAACUCAACUGUUUACUAUGAAGUUGAACUAGUAUCAUUUGUGAAGGAGAAAGAGUCCUGGGAUAUGAACACACAGGAGAAGAUUGAAGGCGCUGUUAAGAAGAAAGAAGAAGGAAAUGUGUUGUUUAAGAGUGGAAAGUAUGCUAAAGCUGCUAAAAGAUAUGAGAAGGCUGCCAAGUACAUAGAGUAUGAUUCCUCCUUCAGUGAAGAGGAGAAGAAGCAAGCCAAGGCACUGAAGGUUGCUUGCAAUCUGAACAAUGCGGCAUGCAAGUUGAAAUUGAAAAAUUAUAAAGAAGCUGAGAGAUUGUGUACCAAGGUUCUGGAUCUUGAAAGCAGCAAUGUGAAGGCACUUUAUAGAAGAGCACAAGCUUAUAUCGAGUUGACUGACUUGGACUUGGCAGAACUUGAUAUUAAGAAAGCUCUCGAGAUAGACCCUGACAACAGGGAUGUGAAGCUGGAGUACAAGACUUUGAAGGAAAAGGUGAAGGAGUACAACAGAAAAGAGGCUAAAUUUUAUGGAAAUAUGUUUGCCAAGAUGAGUAAGCCGGAUUCAAAUGACAGUAAUAAACAAGCGAGCAAGGAUGCUGAGCCUAUGAGCAUUGACAGCAAAGCAUAAAACUCCAGGGGAAACACAUAAAACCCACGCAAUUAGAUACAGUGUUUCAGGGGUCUGCUUUUUUCUCUCUUUCAUGUUCUUUCUUUCAUGUUCCUUCAGUAGACAUUGAGAUGUUAUGGUUUUAUAUAGCGUUGGAACAAUUAUAGUUGCUAUGAUUAUGAUUGUUUUUAUUGCUGCUCCCAAUUUUAUGUAUCUCUGGUCGGUUGCCUAUAUUGAAGUUAGGCCAAAAAAGAACCAAUUUAUGAUGAAGCUGUGAGUGAGCAAAUGGGCAGCAUUUAUUGACCAAGGGGUAGCAUGUAAGCUACGUUAUUUUACCGGAAAAGGCAUUCAUUUACAAAGAUAAUUGAUAAGAUGUGCAAA